AUGCCGGUGAGAGAACUUGCGGUACGAUUGUCGAGUGCUGAACGACCGUCGAAUGGGUCUGCGUCUGGGACCGCUCAACCUUCUCCAGAUAGCGCAAGGCCUCUAGACGGUUCCCCCGCCGGCACGGAUACCCCCACUGGAAAUAUUUAUUUCGACUGUUCUGUCUGCAAACGACAGAUCGCGUCCAAUCGUUACGCUCCACAUCUAAGUGGCUGCAUGGGCUUAGGAAACUCGAGGAGAGGUGCAGCACGGAAUGCGUCCAGCAAAGCGAGAUCGUCCGAUGCCGGGUCACCGUAUGUCAACUCUGAAGCUGGUUACGUUUCCGACGAGAGCAAGUCGCCAUCGAAGAGCAAGUCCAGGUCGAAGGCUAAACAAGCAGACGAGGCCGAGUUCAGCCUGAACAAUAACAAGAAGAGGAAUGGUUCACCUUCGGUGUCGCCCACGAAGAAGGCGAAGAAGCCAAAGACUGCGGUCAGCAGGGUGAAAACAGACCACGAUCUAUCCGGUUCACCAUCUCUACUUCCCGUCUCACACACUAGCUCGCAAUCCAAGAUACCAUCCAAGCUGCGAGAAACCUCAGUCAUGUCCGUCGAUCGGCAAUCCUCCUCUUCUGGAUCCCGAUACUCGUCACCUGCUCGCUCGGUCUCGACUUACACGGUCCAGAGCCCUGUGAUAGGUACCGCGGCGUCUACUGGAAAUACCAAGUCGAAGAUGAUUGCCUCAAAGUCUGCGGCAAGCCACUAUAGCCCGCCGCGACCACUACCUCCAGUAAUCAGGCUAGAGUCAGACUACCUCGUCGAUGUCGAAGGAGAAGAGACUGGCUCUUCGACGGACACAGACAGCGACUAGCUUCUUCUCUGGGCCGGACCUGCCACACAUUUGGUUCAAACUAAAUCAUCUCUUGAACUAAAUCAUCUCUUGUAGUACUCUUACUACCGCACGUCUGGAUAUCCUGCUGUUUUGUGUUUACAGUCUAGCUAUGCACUAUGUCAC